AUGCAGGUGCAAACGCCACUUGCGCAUGGAUUAUCGGAAAUGCUUGCCCGGGCUUCGAUGAGUCGGUCUGGACCAUCGUUGGGAGUUCCUGGAAUCUCUUUGGUGCAUGCAAAGAAGGAGGAGGAUGUUGCGGGGAAUAUAAAUGAAGACUUUCCAAUGGUUUCAGAGGGAACACAGUCUCAUACUUCCUCUUUCAAUUCAUCUUCGGCUUCGUCCUCAAGAGAUAGUAUACCAUACCCGGACUUCAAAUCUUUAUCAUCACCAUCAUCAUCAUCAGCCUUCGGAACACAGAACGGAAGCAAUAUGUUGGUUGCGGAGUCUCUCAUCUUCUUUGCUACGGCAUGCAUUUUAUAUAUUCUCGGCUCUCAACGAAAGACUCACACACGACGUCCUCAGAAUGGAAGUCAUAAGAGAACUUCUCCUUCUACAAAUUCAUCAUCAAACAUUACAAAGUUCCUCCAUAACCCUCUCGCCCAAAUUUCCCACCUACUAUCAUGUAGCUCAUCCACAUCAUCUACCUCUCUCCCCACUCCACCCCAGCAACCACCCAAAACCCAACCUGGUCCUCAGAAACCAGCUUAUGUUCUCCCACCGCUCAAACCCACCUCUCCCCAUCCAACCUCAAUGGGUCUCAAGCGUCUCGAUAAAUCCAAUUGGCUCACCAUCGACUCCACCUAUCUCCCCGAGCAUGAACUCCGCGCUUCACUCCUCGAAACACAUGGGCCAUGCGUCUUGCAAGUCCUACCCCCCGCCGUCCCAGCCACGUACGAACUCCUCGAAAUGGUCAUUGAGUUUCUCCUAGAACGAUAUCCGGAUGAUUUCUCCCUCGUGGAUGAAAACACAAUCCUCAACAAGUUAACCGGAGAGCAAUCCAUCAUUGGAUCGAAAUGUGAAAAUCCCCUCGAGACAGCCGCGCGUCUCUGCAUGGAAGAUUUCAAUCUCCUACUACAAGAUCCAUCCGAAGAAGACGGAGAAUGGAAAUUAAUGGCUUCCGCCACGCUCUUUCCCGCAGGUUGGAAAUUGCAGGAGAGAAUUGGUAGUAAUAUGGCUGUACUACACAAACCCGUCCCAGGAUGGAAAGAAAAGCUAGGAAAGAGUGUCAAUCGAUACUUCACCCAUCUCACCCCCCGCACCUGCAUGGAACGCUCCAACCUCUUCAUCCAAGCCACCCCCAUCCUCUUCCAAGACAUUCCCGAAGCCCCUCCCUCCCCCUCUUCCCCCCUCACUCCCUCCGACAUCUACAUCCGUCGCGAACGACAAACCUUUACCCGUCUCCCGAAAUCCAACGCGGUGCUGUUUACAGUACGCACGUAUAUGGAGAGAUUAGUAGAUGUGAAUAGUGCGGAUGCGGAAGCGAUGGCGAAACAGAUUCGCGGGUGGGAUGGGGAGUUGGCGAAGUAUAAGGGCGUGGGGAUUUGGGGGAUGUGA